UUUGGUUAAGAAAUUAUAUAUUUUUCAAAUUUAAUGUAAUUCAAGUAAACAAACGCAUUCGUCUCCAUUUUUCGGUGGUCUAAACAUUUUUCUUAAUUUGUUUCCAGUAAUACGCUUCUGCUCUUUACCUUUUGAAAUACCAGGUGAUGUCCAACUAUCUAAAAGGAAGUAAUUAAGUUGUAGAGAAAACAUAAUGAAAUUUAGAUUUUGUGGUGAUGCAGAUUGUCCCGAUUGGGUACUAGUCGAGAUAAACACCCUUUCGAGGUUAUCGUCUAUAAAAUUGAAGCUUCUAUCACAAGUAGUGGCCCAAGGAUUAAUUAACCCACCAUUAGAUAUGGAAAAAGCUAAUAAAUUAUUCGCGGAAACCAAAUUAGACGGUUAUUUCGACUUAAAAGCUUGCAUAGCUUGCAUCAGCUAUAUAUUAACCUCGACAAUUCGUUUUAAUUGUGAUAGUAGCGCUUUACAAAGCGAGUUACAACAAUUAGGGUUACCCAGAGAGCACAGUACGUCUCUGAAGAGAAUCAUCGACGAUCAAGCGACUUUACUCACAGAAAAAUUCAAGGCACUUUCUCUUAGGGUUAAUCCUUUGGAGGAAUUUAGUAGUACCAUAGACCCGGAUAUUAAAUGUGGUAUUUUGGAUUUAAAAAUAAAUGGAAACGAUUAUUCUGUUACUUUAACACCUCUUACUGUUGGAGUGUUGUUGGAUGAUUUAGAACAAGUUAGAAAAACCAUGAUUGAGUUGAAGGAAGCAUCUUGAUGUAAAUACAAGUUAAAAAUUGUUAAGUUCUGAAUUAAUAUUUUCAAAGGAAAUAAAUUAUCUGCUUUUUA